UCUUCUCCUUAUCUUCUCCUUAUCUGGCAGGUGACUAUGUUUCACAAUGACCAGUCUCCCGAAAGCAAGUGAGCGCUGAGACUGUUGCCACCACAGUUUCCAUAGCAGCAACUGCCCUGUUCCUCUUGGCGUGGGGAAAGUUAGUGCACACAGAAGCCAGGCUGAUCAGCUGGGGAGACUCUUGCUCACCCCCCACGAACAUCUGAGAUCUCCACUUGGCCGCACUGAUUAUUAAGAGAUUUUUCAGAUUCCUCAGACUGGAUUCUGCCAGCUCCCUCUGCUGCAAACUUCAAUCAGUCAAGACUCCAGAUUGGAUCACCACAUCGAUCCCUGCACAUUGCUCAGGGAAGAGAAGAUUUCCUGGGAUUCUCAGCUCCUUAAAUGCUACUCCGUAAGUGGAGUGGAUUUCGGAGUUUGCCUUCCCGAUAUGGAGGCAUUGAUGGAGGUUUCCAACACAGCUCGGUGGACACAAGAGGCUCGGGUCUUCCCAGCCAAGAGGCAGAAAAUACCAGAGGGAGCCCCGCGUCCUUCUCUCAGUCACUUUCGGCAGCUGGGCUGGAAAAGAUUGGUGCAGAUAAUGUCCUUCCUUCAAAGAUUCCAUCACAGCUAGAGACCAAUGGGACAACAGCAGCCCUGGAGCUCAUCAGCCCAAGAAGCACCCCAAGAGGAGCCAGCAUGAAAUCCCUACACCUGGGACCUCUUCCGAGAGCCGGAUCUGCGAGCCUCCAGCCUGGAGCUCAGGACAACGGCAACAGAAUGGAUGUUACAAGACGCAUGGGGUACAGCAUGCAACCUCCCAGUUCAAGCCUUAGAAGGAGGAAUUCCUUAUCUCACCUCCCUAACUAUAAUACCAAGGACUUUAAUUCCGAUCAGCCAUUGGCUCGAAAGAUGUGGAAUGGCUCCCAGCUGGAUCUGCAAGCAACCUUUUUGGAAGAGACACAAAGGAACGCGAAGCUUAGAGAAGGUGCCAGCUUGCUUGCAGGACCUCCUAACAACCCUGGAGAACGGAACCUGGAGUUGGAAGUUGACAUGAUGGAAUUUGAGCUAUGUUCCCUUAAACAGAAGCAGAUGGAGAGUUCCUUUAUCCACCUAGAAAAGGAAAAAAAGUGGUUGGAAAUGAUUCGUUCCGAAGGCAGGAAACGAAAAGGGGAACUGGAUGAUAAGAUCUUCAAGGUAGAAAUGGAGUUGGCAAAGGCAAAGUCUUAUUUUGGUAAAAGGGACCGCCACUUGCUUUCCCAGGGUUUGAAACCAAAGGGAAAUGUGAUCCAGGAAAAGCUGGAUGUUGGCCACGAGCUGAGGAAUCUUCAGGAAAGUCUGGCUGCUCUGAAGAACUGCAUCAAGGCCUUAGAAGAAAAACGAGAUGAGAUGGUACAGCAGUUGAAAUGUGUUAAAGAGGGAGAGCAGAGCUCACCCAGCCACCAAGCAGCUGCAAAUUCACUGGAAACCAAGCAAGAAAGAAGCCAACUCCAAGCUGCUUACAAGAACAUCAAACUGGAGAACGUUGUGCUGCAUCAGCAGGUCCAGCAUCUCAGUUUGGAGGUGGAGCUUGCACAGACAAAACAAAAAGAAUUCAGCGAGCAGAUCUUUGCUCUCAAGUCAGAGCUUGCAAAUAGUAAGACUCAGGUCAAUCAACAGGAGCAAGAGAAAGUCCUCAUGAAAGAGGAGAUGGAAUCUGUCAGACAGUUGAACAAAGAGCUUUCUUCUAAAGUAGCUGAGGGCCACCAAAGGCUACAAGCUCUUUUAGAAAAGCUGCAUCUUUUGGAGGAGGAGAAGAAAUUCCAUGCUAACCAUAUCCAGGCUUUGGAGGAUGAGCGAACCCAGUUGUUGGAAGAGAAGGAGCAACACCUCCUUGAGAGAACGGCAGAGCAACAGUGCCAGGAGGAGGCUGUGAAAGCUCUGCAGGGAAGCUGUGAAAAUCUCAGGGAAUCUCAGAUCCAGUUGCAAAAGGAGAAGGAUCUCCUACAGGCUCACUGCCAGGAGCUUGAAAGACAGGCUGAAGAGUUGGGCAAACAAUUGGGCGAGCAGCAGUCGGUCUCCCAACAUUGGAGAAACAGAUGGGAGCAAGCGGAUGUCACUUUGAAGACUACGGAAGAAGCGCUGGAGAAAAUGAGCAGCCAGAGCCAGGCCCUCCCAGCCAAGCAGGUGGAAGCCCCUUUGCUUCUCCAGAUACAGCUGGAGGCUUGCAAGCAGGAGCUGGAACUGGAACAGAACUGUCGGCAGGCUUUGCACCAUCAGGUUCAGGCUCUGCAGUCUGGAAGCCAAAACAGUGCUAAGCCUACCCCUGAGAUGUUCCCAGAGGAAGCAGACUCAGAUAUCCUUGUAGUCCAAGAGGAGCUGCAGAAGGCCUGGGACCUGCUGAAGACACGCGAGAUGGUGCUUGAAGAACAGCGGCUGCAGCUGGAAUCUGCCAGGAUCCAAAACACAGAGUGCAAUUUGGAGAGGCAGAGACUCGAACAACAUGUCCAUGCUUUGGAGGAACAACUUGCUGAAAAGGACAAGGCUUUGAGAGACCUCAGGCAAGCCAAAGAUGUGGAAAGAGCUGCGUCGGAGAUGAGAACUUCAUCAGAGCUGAAGAUAACAAGAGAAGGUCUGGGUGCCUGUUAUGAGAAGGGCCAUCCUUGUGGCUUGGAUGCCAAGGUCAUUGGGAAUCCCCCGCAAGAGCUAGAAGGCCUCAGACUACAACAUCAUUUAGUGACUGAGCAGCUGAAGGACCUGUUCAGACAGAGGCAACAGCAGCAAGAAGGACCCAGGAAGCAUCAUGAUGGGGGGCUCAAGGAAAAGAGCUCGGCAGCAUCUCAAAAUGCUCCAGAACUGCUGACCACUGCAAGUGAAUCCCUCGGGCUUCCAGAAGAAAGCUAUUUGGAAUUUGGGGGUGCAUCCAGAAGUGAGGAAGCAGCACAGAGCCUUCAGCAGCAGCUGAAAGCAAAAACUGAGAUGAUUUCUGCCAUGGCGUGUGAAAUUCAAGCUUUGAAAGAGAAGAAUGAGAACUUAAUAAAAGCAAAACUGAGAUUCCAGCAACAGAUUCAGCAGAUCCGCCAGCUUUCAAAGCGACAGCCGGAAAAGAGUCCCAGUGAGCUGCUGGUUCCCAGACUCUCCAUCAGCCCCAGAGAUGAUCUGCAAAGUUCUCAUUGCAAUGAGAUGUUGGCGUUUUCCCCACAGGGGGGUGAGGCUCCAUUCUCUUCCCACGGGAGCAGGGAAACCCAGCAUGCAGCUGUAUGGGAGCAAUGGCUUCAAGCCUGCUCUGAGGAUGAGCAGAGUGGCACCUCUUUGAACACCAGGAUGGUGCAAAAGGGCCCCACACCCCUCCCUCCUGAUGCAUCUCAUCAACCACAUGGGAGCCUCUCUGAUACAUCUUCACCAGCCAACAAGCUUUUAUUAGCCCCUAUGGUUUCUCCAAAAGGUCCCCUAAGCCAUGCUCAGGGUGAGCGGGCUUUACUCAGCCCCUGCAGCUCAGGGCUUUUGUCCCCCAAGCCUUUUGGGGCCCCAAGACCAUGGUCCCCUUUCCGAGAGAGUGCUGAAUCGCCAGAGAACAGAAGAGAACUGUAACAACCAAGUUUGGCUCAUGGGGCAGAAGAAACAUCACUGGGGGGAAUCUUUGAAAGAUUUGAUCUUCAGAAGGCAAAAGCCAAGCUUUGUGUUUGCCCUGAACUUUCUUCUGCUUCUGAUAAGGCUUCCUCCUUCUCCUCUUCCUAUCAUCAUCAUCAUCAUCAUCAUCAUCAUCAUCAUCACACAGUCUACCAGAUAGUUUUGACUGCAUUUGGUAUUUUGGACUAUCGAAAUCUUCCCAAGGAUCUAGGGUAGUUAAAGAUAUUGUCUUAAUAUAUGCACUCUUCCUUUUGUUUCAGACAAUACCUGUUUUGACAGCUGAUACACCAUUUAAACAGUGGUAAAAGGAUAUAUCUAAGUU